AUGUUCAAGGCGCUCUUGCAGGCUAUACUGGGGCUAUUUGCUCUCUACAUCACAAAACUAUGGGUGGGACGUAAAAAGCCCUUAGGGCCACUGCCCCCAGGCCCUCGACCUAAGCCAAUCGUGGGCAACAUCGCCGACCUACCGCCUCCAGGCAUGCAAGAUUGGAUGCAUUGGCUCAAGCAUAAGGAUUUAUAUGGGCCAAUCAGCUCCGUCACAGUGAUGGGACAGACGAUCGUAAUCCUCAAUGAUACACAGAUAGCAUCAGAACUAUUACGCAAGCGCGCCUCAUUGCACUCCUCACGGCCACACAUGGUGUUUGCUUCUGAAAUGGUGGGCUGGGGGCAUGCUAUAUCUAUGCAGCCAUACACGGACCGUUUCAAGGCAUAUCGAAAGCUUUUAAAACCAUACUUUGGCUCAGAAAGGGUCGCUUUACAGUAUGCUCCAUUGCAGGAGGUCGAAGCCCUUCGCCUGUUGUGGCGUGUCCUGAAGGACCAAGAUAAUAUUACGCAGCAUAUCCAGACUGAGGCUGGAGCAGUCAUUCUUCAAAUAACAUAUGGUUAUAGGGUUGAGCCGCACAAGCAAGAUCUGUUGGUAAAUCUUGUCAAUGUAGCCCUUGAGCAAUUCUCACUUGCCUCGACCCCGGGUACUUGGCUUGUAGAUAUCAUACCGGCAUUAAAAUACAUACCAGCCUGGUUUCCGGGCGCUGGGUUCAAACGAACCGCACAGAAGUGGAGGAGAAGCCUUGAGGAUGUUGCAGAAAAGCCUUACGCCCUUGUUCAGAAGCGGAUUAAAGAUGGCAAGUAUAAGCCCUCGUUUCUCUCUGAUCUAUUCAAAUUGAAUGGGAUUCCAUCCCCCGGAUCAGAGGAGGAGCUGGUUGCCAGAUGGACAGCCGCAUCGCUUUAUGGUGCAGGUGCCGACACUACCGUGUCGUCAAUUGGAACUUUUUUCCUCGCUAUGGCAUUGAAUCCAGAAGCUCAACAUAAGGCACGGGGCGAGAUUGAUCAAGUGAUUGGGACUGAUCGACUUCCCACCUUAGCAGACCGCGAUCGACUGCCGUAUGUCAAUGCAGUGGUCAAGGAGGUCUUCCGUUGGCACCCUGUAGUACCGAUGGGGAUCCCACAUAUGUCCACGACCGACGACAUGUACGAUGGAUAUUAUAUCCCCAGAGGGUCUAUUCUCAUGCCAAAUAUUUGGGGUAUGAUGCACGAUCCUGCUUUAUAUCAUGACCCUCUGGCCUUCAAGCCAGAGCGCUUCUUGGAGGUCGAUGGCCGGGAACCUGAAGCUGAUCCGCACAAUUUCGUGUUCGGCUUUGGGCGUCGCGUCUGCCCUGGCCGAAUUUUGGCAGAUACUACAGUAUGGCUCAGCGUUGCAAAAUCCCUCGCAGUGUUUGAAAUCAGCAAACCUGUAGAGAACGGUGUCGAGGUAGAUUUGAAAGCAGAAUUUCAGCCUGGGGUUAUCAGCCAUCCGGUCCCGUGCAAGCUGCAGGUUGUGCCUCGGAGCGCUCCGCAUGAAGAACUGAUACUGGCCGUGGAGCAUGAACACCCAUGGGAGCAAGGUGAUGGUUCUGAGUUGGAUAGCAUCCCAUUUCAAGGGUGUUACUUGUAA